AUUACCAAAACAAAAAGGGAGCCGGUAGAAUCGGCCUGCACGAGUCCACGCUCUGUGUGGUUGUCCAAUCGGUCCGAUUUGUAUGUGAUUUAUGGUACUCCGUAUUACCUAGUAACAGGCCUGAGUUUCCAAAAAGUAACAGGCUUGAGUUGAGUUGACUUCAGUCUUAGCCAAAACUUCGCCAUGGCAGCUCCUGUGAUGGUGAAUUAUGGAAUCGUGGGGGUUGGAAUGAUGGGGAGAGAGCAUCUCAUCAAUCUGCACCAUCUCAGAAGUCACGGUGUCGCUGUUGCUUGCGUAGCCGAUCCUCAUGUUCCCUCUCAACAACUUGCCCUGCAACUCGCACAGUCCUUUGGUUGGAGUCUUCAGGUUUUUUCAGGGCACCGGGAGCUUCUUGACAGUGGGUUGUGUGAUGUUGUGGUUGUAUCGUCUCCAAACAUGACUCAUUUUCAGAUACUUAUGGAUAUUCUCAGCCAUCCUAAACCCCAUCAUGUGUUAGUGGAGAAGCCAUUAUGCACCACAGUUGCUGAUUGCAGAAAGGUUGUAAAUGCUGCUAGAAAGAGGCCAGAUAUGCUGGUACAAGUUGGACUAGAAUACAGAUAUAUGCCCCCAGUUGCUAAAUUGAUAGAAAUUGUCAAGGGUGGAACUCUUGGACAGGUGAAGAUGGUGGCAAUUCGAGAACAUAGGUUCCCCUUUCUAGUUAAGGUCAACAAUUGGAACAGGUUUAAUAUUAACACAGGUGGAACCCUGGUAGAGAAGUGUUGCCACUUCUUUGAUUUGAUGAGGCUGUUUGCAGGUGCAAAUCCUGUCCGUGUGAUGGCUUCCGGUGCUAUGGAUGUUAAUCACAAAGAUGAAAUAUAUGAUGGGAAGGUACCUGACAUUAUUGACAAUUCAUAUGUCAUUGUUGAAUUUGAUAAUGGUUCUAGAGGGAUGCUUGACUUGUGCAUGUUUGCUGAAGGGAGUAGAAAUGAGCAAGAAAUAUCUGUUGUGGGUGACAUUGGAAAGGGUGAAGCUUUUGUUCCUGAGAGCAUAGUGCGCUUUGGUUCUCGAGAGGCUGGAAGAGAUGGGGUGCAAACUUUGAAAGCUGAAGAUGAACGGAUAAAGUACAACGGGCUCCAUCAUGGCUCUAGCUAUUUGGAGCACCUAAACUUCUUGUCUGCAGUCAGAGCAAAAGGUGCAAAAACUCCGGCUGUUGAUUUGCAUGAUGGAUUGAUUUCAGUUGCCAUAGGAGUUGCAGCACAACUUUCCAUUGAGAAGGGCCGAUUUGUUACCAUUGAGGAAGUCUUGGAUGAACACAAUUCUGAAGCUUCCUAGUAAAAGUCUGAUAAUUUCUCUGUACUGUACCUCCAUGAAGAAGCCAGACUUUGAUUUUAUCUUCUCCCCAAUAAAAGACCGUUACUUGUACAAUAUAAAAUUAUAAAAAAAAUUGCAAAACAUAAAAUAAAGUUGUAAAAUGUGUCUCUUUUUUAGAAGUUUUGACUGUUAUUUUCAUGAAAGUGACAUUUUAAGUCUCCAAGCUACUAGAGUGGCAGAUAAAACCCUCAACUGUUC